UCAUUCUCUGAUUCCCAAUAUUAAUGCUGAUGGCGUAUGAAGCUUACGUGAAAUUCUUGAGUUUGUGUUAGAGUGUGCUUAUUGUUAUUUUAUAAAUGCAUUUUCCGCAUCGUAAAGUAAUUCUAGUUGUUUGUUAGUAAGGUUGGAGGAAAUAUGACUCAAUUUUUACCACCUAAUCUUCUAGCUCUCUUUGCUCCCAGAGACCCUAUACCCUAUCUUCCACCAGUAGCCAAAUUACCUCAUGAAAAGAAAACAAAGGGCUACAUUGGAAUAGGAAAUUUCUUGCAAUUAUUUGAGGAUCCAAAAGAUACUCCCCCUCCAACACGGGUGGAAACUCGAGAUGAGCGCUUGGAGAGACGGCGGCGGGAGAGAGCUGAGCAGGUGGCAUACAAGCUUGAACAGGAGAUAGCAUUGUGGGAUCCUCAUAAUAUACCGACAUCUACUCUUGACCCGUUCAAAACUCUGUUUGUAGCGAGAAUUAACUAUGACACUUCAGAAUCGAAACUACGCAGAGAAUUUGAAAUGUACGGUCCUAUCAAGAAGAUAGUGAUGAUCCACAAUACAGUGAAUGGGAAGCCCAGAGGCUAUGCCUUUGUUGAGUAUGAACACGAACGUGACAUGCACUCUGCUUACAAACAUGCCGAUGGGAAAAAGAUUGACGGGCGGAGAGUCCUGGUUGACGUGGAGAGAGGUCGCACUGUGAAGGGGUGGAUGCCACGGCGAUUAGGUGGAGGACUGGGAGGUACCAGACGAGGAGGUCCUGAUGUGAACUUGAAGCACUCGGGUCGAGAGGAUAACGAACGUGAGAGAGAACGUUAUCGCCUGGAGAGGGAGAGAGAGGCAGCUGGCGACCGAGGAGGCCGUGACAGAGAUCGUGAUAGGGACCGGGAAAGAGAGAGAGAAAGGGAGCCACGAAGACGGUCAAGAAGUAGAGACAGGGAACGAGAAAAGAAAAGGAGAUCACGCAGUCGCUCCCGGGAAAGAAAACGUAGACGCAGCAGGGAACGUAUUAAAGAUCCUGAGAUUGAAGAAAUUGAUGAGAUUGUUGAGAAAAGACCAAGAGAUCGUGAUCGAGACAGAGAUAGGGAUAGAGAACGUAAAAGAAGGCGAAGUCACUCCAGAGAUAGGGAUCGUAAAAGAGAACGUAGAGAAAGAGAAAGGGAGAAACGAGAAAGGGAUCCUGACUAUGAAGAAAAAGUCCGAAUCAAACAAGAACCUAUGGAUGAUUACCCUGACUUUGGUAACAAUUACGAUGAGCAUGAUUUUGAGGAAGGGACUGUCAAAUUCGAGAAGAGUGAAGAAGAUCGUGAACGCCAACACAUGGAGAGAUUGCAGCAGAAUGACAUUCCACCUAGCAAUGAGAUGGAACGAGAAUCUAAUGGAAGAAAUAAUUACGAAUAUGAAGUUCAAGAUUAUUGAAAGAAUUCCAUUUUAUGAAGGCAACAAUAUUUGUAUUUGGUUGUUUUUACCUACUAAUUGUACGCUAUUUGGAAUGAUUUAUCUCAAGACUAUUCAUAGGAGUAAGGUAGAUGUAAAACUUUCUUUUACAUAAUAAACGUUUACUUGUGA